UUUUCUGUGCAAGAUGAAUGUGUAUCUGCCUACCCUGAGAUGUUGAAGGUGUACUGCUGCUUAUGACAAAUCCAACAGAAGAAGCUUUAUAAAAUGGCUCAAACCAGCUUGCUGCAGGGAAAGCAGUUUUACUGUAGGGAGUGGGUUUUCCACAAGCUUCAGCACUGCCUCCAGGAGAAAGCUAACUGCAGCAGUAGUGCUGCCAACAAACCAUCCCUUGUAGCGAAUUCUGGGAAUAAUACCGGUGUUGUCUCUGGGAAAGGAGCUGCCUGGGGUGUAUUGUUGGUAGGAGGGCCCGGUAGUGGGAAGACGGCCCUCUGUACUGAGUUACUGUGGCCAAGCUCACCUGCAAACCUGCAAAGAGGCUUACAUCGUCAGGCUCUAGCCUUCCAUUUCUGCCGGGCCCAAGACUCUGACACGCUGUGUGUUGGAGGGUUUAUCAGAGGUUUAGUUACACAAAUCUGCCGCAGUGGACUGAUCCAGGGAUAUGAGGACAAACUAAGAGAUCCUGCUAUUCAAAGUCUCUUGCAACCCGGGGAAUGUGAGAGGAACCCUGCUGAAGCAUUUAAAAGGUGCAUUCUGCUCCCUCUCUUGGGAAUGAAGCCCCCUCAGCAGAGCCUCUUCCUGCUCGUAGAUUCGGUUGACGAGGGCUGUAACGUUUCCGAGGGUGAACAGACUUCCACAAGUUUAUCUGGAACGAUAGCGGAGCUUUUAGCUGGCCACUUUGAAUUCUUCCCUCCCUGGCUGCUGCUCCUGUGUUCUGCCCGCAAGCAGAGUAAAGCUGUUACAAAAAUGUUUACAGGUUUUCGAAAAAUAAGUCUGGAUGAUCUGCGAAAGGCUUAUAUUGUGAAAGAUGUGCAACAAUAUAUUCUGCAUCGUUUAGAUCAGGAAGAAGCACUGAGACAACAUCUCACAAAAGAAACUGCAGAAAUGCUGAAUCAGCUUCACAUCAAAAGCAGCGGUUGCUUUUUGUAUCUGGAACGUGUCCUAGAUGGAGUUGUGGAGAAUUUUAUUAUGUUACGAGAGAUCCGUGAUAUUCCAGGAACAUUAAAUGGCCUGUACCUUUGGCUCUGUCAGAGACUUUUUGUGAGAAAACAAUUUGCAAAAGUCCAGCCUAUUCUUAAUGUAAUUCUUGCAGCCUGUAGGCCGUUAACCACAACGGAAUUGUAUCACGCAGUGUGGACCAAAAAUAUGACAUUGACGAUGGAAGACUUUCAACGCAAAUUGGAUGUCCUGUCAAAAGUCCUUAUUGAUGGACUUGGAAAUACGAAAAUCUUGUUUCACUACAGUUUUGCAGAGUGGUUGCUAGAUGUAAAGCACUGUACGCAGAAAUACUUGUGCAAUGCAGCAGAGGGACACAGAAUGCUGGCAAUGAGUUACACUUGCCGAGCAAAGGAUUUAACACCAUUAGAAGCUCAAGAGUUUGCAUUGCAUCUAAUUAAUUCAAAUUUACAGUUAGAAACGUCAGAGCUGGCUUUAUGGAUGAUAUGGAAUGGCACACCUGUCAAAGACUCCCUGUCGACCUUAAUUCCUAAGGAACAAGAAGUAUUACAGCUGCUGGUAAAAGCUGGUGCUCACGUCAACAGUGAAGAUGACCGCACGUCUUGCAUUGUUCGCCAGGCUCUGGAGAGAGAAGAUUCCAUUCGCACCUUGUUAGACAACGGAGCAUCAGUAAACCAGUGCGAUUCCAACGGGAGAACGCUCUUGGCCAACGCAGCGUACAGCGGCAAUCUCGAUGUCGUUAACUUACUGGUUUCAAGGGGAGCAGAUUUAGAGAUAGAAGAUACUCACGGGCAAACAGCACUUACCUUAGCUGCUCGGCAGGGCCAUACCAAGGUUGUCAAUUGCUUGAUUGGAUGUGGGGCUAACGUUAAUCACACCGAUCAUGAUGGCUGGACGGCAUUGCGAUCUGCAGCGUGGGGUGGGCACACAGAGGUGGUUUCUGCACUCCUUUACGCUGGAGUCAAAGUGGACUGUGCCGAUGCUGAUAGUCGAACGGCACUGAGGGCAGCAGCUUGGGGAGGACAUGAAGAUAUUGUGCUGAAUCUGCUUCAACAUGGUGCUGAAGUUAAUAAAGCCGAUAAUGAAGGCAGAACAGCUUUGAUUGCAGCCGCGUAUAUGGGGCAUAAAGAGAUCGUGGAGCACCUGCUGGAUCAUGGUGCGGAGGUAAACCAUGAGGAUGUGGAUGGAAGGACUGCGCUGUCUGUCGCUGCGCUUUGCGUACCAGCCAGUAAGGGACAUGCCUCAGUGGUUAGUCUUCUGAUUGACCGUGGGGCUGAAGUUGACCACUGUGAUAAAGAUGGCAUGACUCCACUGCUGGUAGCUGCUUAUGAAGGACAUGUAGAUGUUGUCGAUCUACUUCUAGAAGGAGGAGCUGAUGUCGAUCACACAGACAACAAUGGUCGCACGCCACUUCUGGCAGCAGCCUCCAUGGGCCACGCUUCAGUUGUAAAUACUCUCUUAUUUUGGGGUGCAGCUGUUGAUAGCAUCGAUAGUGAAGGGAGAACAGUUCUGAGCAUAGCCUCUGCACAAGGCAAUGUUGAAGUAGUACGGACUCUGCUGGACAGGGGGCUAGAUGAAAAUCAUAGAGAUGACGCGGGCUGGACACCUUUGCAUAUGGCAGCUUUUGAAGGUCACAGGUUGAUAUGUGAAGCUCUUAUAGAACAAGGUGCUAGAACAAAUGAAAUUGAUAACGAUGGACGUAUACCUUUCAUAUUAGCUGCACAAGAAGGUCACUAUGAUUGUGUGCAGAUAUUACUGGAAAAUAAAUCCAACAUUGAUCAGAGAGGCUAUGAUGGGAGAAAUGCCCUUCGGGUUGCUGCUUUAGAAGGUCACAGAGAUAUAGUUGAACUACUGCUCAGUCACGGAGCAGAUGUAAACUACAAAGAUGCUGAUGGCCGGCCAACACUUUAUAUCUUAGCAUUAGAAAACCAGCUUACGAUGGCUGAGUACUUUUUAGAAAAUGGUGCAAACGUAGAAGCAAGUGAUGCUGAAGGAAGAACAGCUCUCCAUGUUUCCUGCUGGCAGGGCCAUUUGGAGAUGGUUCAGGUGCUGAUAACAUACCAUGCUGAUGUGAAUGCUGCAGAUAACGAGAAGAGAUCUGCUUUGCAGUCUGCUGCAUGGCAAGGUCACGUGAAGGUAGUGCAGCUUCUCAUUGAGCACGGAGCUCUGGUUGACCAUACAUGUAAUCAAGGUGCUACUGGACUCUGCAUUGCAGCCCAAGAAGGGCACAUUGAUGUUGUCCAGAUAUUACUGGAGCAUGGUGCUGAUCCAAAUCAUGCCGACCAGUUCGGGCGCACUGCUAUGCGUGUUGCAGCUAAAAAUGGACACUCUCAGAUUAUUAAAUUACUGGAAAAAUAUGGUGCAUCUACUCUGAACGGUUGCACUCCAUCUCCAGUCCACACAAUGGAGCAAAAACCCUUACAGUCAGUCUCCUCUAAAAUGCAGUCACUAACAAUGAAGUCAAAUAGUUCAGGCAGUACUGGUGGAGAUAUGCAGCCUAGUAUGCGUGGCUUAUCUAAUGGGCCUGCUCAUGCCUUCAGUUCUCCUUCAGAGUCGCCUGAUUCUACAGUUGACCGUCAGAAGUCAUCUUUAUCAAAUAAUUCCCUGAAAAGUUCCAAAAAUUCUUCUCUGCGCACCACAUCGUCAACUGCGACUGCUCAGACGGUGCCCAUUGAUAGUUUCCACAGCCUGUCAUUCACAGAGCAAAUACAGCAGCAUUCCCUGCCACGCAGCAGGAGUAGGCAGUCUAUUGUUUCUCCUUCUUCCACAACUCAUUCCCUAAGUCAAAAUCAUAAUUCACCAAGUAGUGAAUUUGAAUGGAGCCAAGUAAAACCUAGUUUGAAAUCCACUAAAGCUAACAAAGGGGGGAAAACGGACAACUCCAGCAAAUCUGGGUCAGCUGGAAAAAAAAUAAAGCAAAGUAGUUCCUCCCAAUCCAAAGUGUUAGAGUAUGAAAUGACUCAGUUUGACAAACGAGUACCUAUUGCCAAAUCUGGGACCAGUGUGCCACUUAAAUCAAUGCCGGCAGAGCCGCAGUGCAAAAUUUUGGUCCCGCCAGCUCAGCAAGAAGUUGGUCGAUCGCAGCAACAGUUCCUAAUUCACCAACAGAGUGGAGAACAGAAGAAGAGAAAUGGAAUUAUGACGAAUCCAAAUUACCACCUUCAGAGCAAUCAGGUUUUUCUCGGUAGGGUUUCUGUCCCACGAACAGUGCAGGACAGAGGCCAUCAGGAAGUACUGGAAGGCUAUCCUCCCGCAGAGACAGAACUCAGCCUUAAGCAAGCCUUAAAACUUCAGAUUGAAGGUAGCGACCCAAGUUUCAACUACAAGAAGGAAACACCAUUGUAAAAGGCCAAUUCCAUGAUGCUAUGAACAGAAGCGCUUCUGCUCCGAAUGAUUUAUCAGCUGGCUGGGAUGAAAGCAUACAAUGCUUGUUUAGUCCACCUAGAAAUUCAAGAAUGUGAUUACUACAGUACAGUUACCUUAAUUACUGUAAUGUGCCUACAUUUUCAGGCUGCCUUCUCAGUAUAACCCUCUGUGCUUCAAAAAUUUAUUUUGUGUACUUUGUAUUUAAUACACAGAAUGAGCACUUUUUUUAAUUGCAGAAAGAUAUAUGCUGUAUUUCCCUGAUAACAGCUGAAAAUGGAAAGAACAAGGAAUUCUGAUUUCCUAUUCCAGAAUGCUUGGUAGAGGUGCAUGUGCCACAGUGAACUGUGUAUGGAAAGGCAGUGCUUUUUGUAUUUAUUUUCCUGUGGCUAAAGAAAAUAAGCAAACAAGUUUGUCACAUUUGCAUUGUUGUAAUGUAUGGUCAGUUCCCUGUGUACUUCAAAAAGUUCUCUCCAGAAAUACAAGUCUUGUAACAGUAUUUUAUAA